AUGGAUGGUUUAAUUCACGCGGCAUUGGAAGCAGAGAUAAUACUUAAUCAGGCUAAACAUGUGAAUACAAACCUAACACAAUUUGACAGUGGUGCCUCAGAUCAUAAAAUGACUUGGACCCAUGAAAAGAUGCAUCUAGCAGAAUCUGUUGAUGAAUCUAGAAUGAAGUUUCAAAGAAAUUCAGUCAGCUCAGCGGCGAAAAGUAUCGAGAAGUUUGAUUUAUUUAAAAAACUUCAUGAACUAUAUAAUGAGCUCAGCAGAGAUGAAUCUUCACAAGCUAACUAUCAAGGGCUAAAAACUACUUCUUACCUAUUAGAAAAGUUACUAGCGACAUAUAACUUAAACACAUUAAUAAUAAAUCUGUACCCGGGCAAUAAAGGAUACUCUCUUUCAUUGAAAGUUAAUGGGAACACACAGGUCAUUCAGCCGCCAGAUGUUAAUGCAUCAUCAAGUCAUGAAGAAACUCUGAUAGAAACUCCAAGGUGGCCAUAUGAAGAGGAAGAGCUAUUAAGUUAUAUAGAUAAUGAGGAAUUACCUGUUGUGCUGCUAGAUCUUCUGGAGACCGAACAUUCUUGUUUGUUCUAUUCUGGUUGCAUUAUAGCUCAAAUAAGAGACUAUCGGCAGGCUUACCCAAGUUUUGUAUGUGAUACACAUCAUGUACUGUUGAGGCCAACUAAUCAGAGUAUAAUAACAGACGCGAUGUGCAUCGGUGGUCGUUGUGGUUGGGUGGGUGAGGAACGGGGGGCGCUAGAAGCAGUGGAGGCUGCUUUAGUUCACGCUGCAGCUCCACCGCUUUGCUUAGAACCCCGUCCCGCUGUAGGCCUACUGGCAGCAAGAUUACACGCCGCUCCACGACUCUUCAACACACCACGAAUACGACGACAAGCAAAACGAUUCUCUCAGGUGGCUGUGAAUAGAAAAAGAAAAUUGGACCAAUUUACGCAUUACCAUGGAUUAGAGUUACUGGAAUUAAUACAUCGUCAAAGAGCGAAAAACAGCAGACAAUCUGUUCCACAUACACGACUCACUUCAAAGUUUCCUAAGAAACCACCAGAGGUUUUCAAAUCAAUAGAACCUCCAAAGAUGGAGCCGUUACCGCUUGCUUUACCUUCCGAACCAAGUGGACCUUUACGCUUAGCACGUGCGUAUGAAAGGCCUAGACCCACACACGACUGCCAUCCACAACUAGUUGAGGAAUAUAUCCUGGAGACUGAAAGAACAUCACCUCAUGGUCCUGGGUUUUUCCAUAUAAAGCUUUCGAUAUUACAGCGGCCGUCCGAUCAAGAGUUCCUAGGGGAGUUGUAUGUGGAUAGAGAUCACGUUGAAGGCGAGAGGAAUGGUGCGGCAUGUAGGUUUACUUUAGGGUCACGACUGCAAGCAAAUAAGUACAUACAGCAAUUCACGGAGAUAUUCACAGAGGAAGGGAGGAAAUCGGUUAGGAUAAAACACAUUGUUCCUGGACAGUUACCGAGAGUCUCAUUCACGGGAGGCAUGAGAGAAAUGGGACAACAGUUAUUACUACAACAAAGAUCUGCACAAGCAAAUAGUUCCACGAUACAAACGCACGCAACCUCAGUGCCAGUAGUAACAUCUGCCAUCGCGGCAACUCCCAAUGCUCACACGAAUGCAAGGCAGCUACCCAUACUGCAAGCUCAACUACAGCAAGUGGGUAACGUCGGUGGUGUGACCGCAGUUGGUACAGUUGUUGGAACAGUGGGUGCAGUAGGGUCAGUGGGGACAGUAGGCCCGGUGGCUACGGUGGGGACAGUGGGGGCAGCGGGGGCUGUUGGUACAGUGGGGCCAGUAGGGAACGUAGUCAACGUGGGGGCUAAUGUUGCUGUUGAGACGGCUUUGAAGCAACAACCGUCUCCUACCACACCACGAUUGUCACCACAGGCUUCAACGAAUCAGUUACUAGCGCAACAGCUAACAAAUCCACCUCAACCACUCAACCCUCAAAAGAUGCAGUCUGCUAUCAUACACAUACAGCAUCCACUCAUGUCCUCUGCUGGAACCUCACAGGUCCAGAGCAUACAGUAUACAACUACAACGACAGCUCAACAAAAGGCGACAAUAACAAAACCAAGAUCAACAAAUCCGGCCAUAAACGCGCUUGUCACUAGUCUUAUGAAUUCAGCGCAACAGUUUCAACAAGCGGCGAGCCAGAACGCGGCGAAGGCGGUGGUGAGCACGGCCAGCCCGGCCAGCAGCAACGCCACCAUCCUCAACCUGCUGAACAGCGCGCCCGCCGCCAUGGCGCCCGCCGGCGACGCGCUCGACACGCACAAGCUGCUCGCGCGCACCGUGUCGCUCGCCGGCGCGCGCCUCGUGGCGCACACCGCGCCCACCUACACGCAGGUACCGCCCUACUCUGCACGCUGCAUGCAGGUGAUGAGCGGCUACCCGCGCGAUAGCGAGUCGACGAACGUGUCGAGCAGCGAGAGCGCGCUGCUGGAGCGGCUCAUGGGGCCCGAGCCCGCGCCGCCGCAGCCGCAGCCGCAGCCGCAGCCACAGCCACAGCCGCAGCCGCAGCCGCAGCCCGUGUGCCAUCUACAGGGUUUAAGUCUUACAUCAUUACAAGGCCUGCAGAGUAUUCAGGGUCUCCAGAACGUACAAGUACAAAUACCGGGUUUGUCGGCGCCGAUAUCGUUAUCUCUCAACGUGUCGGGUGCGCCUAGUGGACUACUGGUCUCGGUUCCUCCGACGACAUCCGUAGUACUGACAAACCAACCUUCAGUACUGUCUUUGCCCAUUGCGCAACUGAUGUCGAGCGGCGUGAAAGGCGGCGUGCGCGGCGGCACCGUGCAGGUGGUGCGCGCGCCGCGGCCCGCGCGCCCGCCGCGCCCGCCGCGCGCCGCGCUGCAGCCCGCCGGCACCACACAGUUUAUAACACAAACGCAAGCGCAGACCCUAAAUGCGCAUCAAGUGCGCCGGAAAUCGAAUACUGAUAGUUCAUAG